AUGGUAAUGGCGAAUGGCGACGAAACACAUGGUGGCGGUCAAACAUCUGACAGGUCCUGUACAGACGUCGAGAGGAUCCUGCGCAACGAUCUUUACAGGAAACCUUUCCAGCAAUUUCUUGAACAACAGUUCUGUGCGGAAAAUAUAAAUUUUUACAUGGCGGUGGAGGAAUAUCGCUCCAUACCUGAUACCGAUCUGGAACGAAGAGCCAAGACUGCACGCCAAAUUUUUGAGCGACACUUUUCGCCGAAUAGCGUGGAACCAGUGAAUAUUGACAACAGCACUAGCAAGAGCAUCAGGGAUGCAGUUAUGUCGCAGAAUUUCACCUCGCAACUUUACGACGUAGCACAAUAUCAGAUAUUCCAUUUAUUAAAAUACGAUUGCUGGCCACGUUAUCUACGCGCUGGUGGAGUAGCACCGACAUUCGACGAUGGCUCGGAUGAAACAUCUGGAACUCCAACAACAAGUGCACCAGUUCCUCGACAACAUCGAGGAGAUAAGAAGCGUAAGUCGCUAAUCUGGCAUGGAUUGAGGCCAAGAUUCUCGAGGCGGAAAAAGGCUUGGUCGGAUGGCGAUGGUUCGUUGGCACAUAGUUGCGACAGUAGCGAGUCAUCGGUGCGCGCGGCUGCCGGGCAGUUUUCAACAUCUCAACCUGAGUCACGAAUGCUGCCGCUUCAGGAACAGUUCGGACGCAUAGAUAACAGCCGGGCGUCCUUGCCUUUAAAAUUAAACAAAGAAUUAAGAUUCGGAACGCUUAGUAAAUACGGUUCGCUGAGACGUCGCGGAUUUACAGUGUCAGGGAAGCAACGCUCAGAACCAACAGAGACAUCUCGUGCGCAUUCUAGUGCUCAACAACAAAGCACUUCCAGUUUCGCAGUCACCGAAGUGUGCACCAAAUUUUGCACUUUAAUGCUUAAUGAUGCGCCUUGUGUGGAGCAGAUCGCACUUCGUGAUCCAUCGGAGUCGGUUGGAAAAUGGACAGCAGCGAUUGCAGCGAAACGUGGUAUGGACCCACGAGCAACUGAAGUAGUAGAUGCACAGACAUCUCGUGCGCAUUCUAGUGCUCAACAACAAAGCACUUCCAGUUUCGCAGUCACCGAAGUGUGCACCAAAUUUUGCACUUUAAUGCUUAAUGAUGCGCCUUGUGUGGAGCAGAUCGCACUUCGUGAUCCAUCGGAGUCGGUUGGAAAAUGGACAGCAGCGAUUGCAGCGAAACGUGGUAUGGACCCACGAGCAACUGAAGUAGUAGAUGCACAGUCAGGUGCGACAAUUGAUCCGGCUCGUCAAGCAGUUGAUGCUCUCAAUAACCGGUGUGUACGUUUGCUGCCCGUGCUACAUUUUGCUGCCGAAAUAAUUAUCCCAACUCCUUCGAAUAAAACGGGUACAUGCGCAAAUACACGGUACGUUUCCUCAGGUGCGACAAUUGAUCCGGCUCGUCAAGCAGUUGAUGCUCUCAAUAACCGGUGUGUACGUUUGCUGCCCGUGCUACAUUUUGCUGCCGAAAUAAUUAUCCCAACUCCUUCGAAUAAAACGGGUACAUGCGCAAAUACACGGUUUGUAUUAUUGCGGGCCCGGCAUGGGCUUUCUUUGAAUGCUGCAUUAAGGCCAGUAUUGGCCAAAUAUCUUAUCGAUUAUGAUUCCUGUGUUGUUGUUCUUCCGAGCUCAUUUGAUGCAGUAAGUGGACAAACCACUGUCGAAAAGCGGCUAUCACCGAAGCGAGAAACAGCCAAAGAAUUGCAUUCGACACAGUUUAUCACUCCGGAAAAGAAUUUACCGUUUUACCAGCAUGGUGACGUUGCGUUUGUGGAACUUCCAGCUGACUACGAUUUGCGAACUGGCAAGGUGAAUGCAACGCGUUCAUAUUCGAAUGCAAAGACCGAACAUACGUCCGGCUUGUUGAAGUUUGUACGUAAAGCGAGUCAAGCGGUAACGAGUCGUGAGCCGUCGUCGUCGUCCGAUGGCGCGGGCCCGUGUUCCUCCCAGCAGCACUCGGCAGGGCACAGUUACUCGCAGUCAGUAUCCUCUCGAGAUUACGCCGACAGAACAAGGUUCAUAAGUGCUAUUUUCCUAUUGAAUUUGCACAAUUUAUCAAGUUGUUUGACUGUUGCGCGCAUCUUCGUCCCACAGAAAAUGUUGGGCUCCAUUGUCAGUUACUGA